AUGGCAGAUCAACAUAGGCUUCCCGUCGUGCAGGAAAAGCUUCGCGUCUUUGUCAUCUCGGACAUUUCGAACGAACCCGACGAUGCAGAAUCGCUCGUUCGUUUCCUGCUCUAUGGCAACGAGUUUGACACCCAGGGCAUCGUAGCGUGCACGUCCUGCUGGAUGAGGGAUAAAGUUCACCCAGAGGACAUGAUCAGGAUAGUCGAGGCCUAUGGCGCCGUGGUUGAGAAUCUGAACAGCCACGUUCACCCGGAAAAUCAGUAUCCCUCAGCCGGGACGCUGCUUAGCCUGAUCAAAUCUGGACCGGCUUGUUAUGGCAAAGAGGCGCUUGCCGAUGGCGUGGACCUGAGCGAGGGUGCCGCACUGCUCAUCGAGAAGCUCGACGCCUCAGAUCGGCCUCUGUGGGUUCUCUGCUGGGGAGGGAUCAAUACAUUGGCACAAGCGCUGCACCAUGUGCGACGCACGAGGAGCGAGGAGGAUGCGAGGCAGCUGCGCUCAAAACUCCGUGUAUACACCAUCAGCGACCAGGACGACACGGGCCUCUGGAUCCGGGUCACCUUUCCCGACAUCUUCUACAUUUGCUCAGUUCACGGCUGGAAAGAGUAUGGGCUGGCUACAUGGGUGGGCAUCUCAGGCGACAUGCUCAUGAAGCACAUGGACAACGGAGGCCCGGACGUGACAAAGGUCUCCAAGGAGUGGUUGAAAGAUAACAUCCAAUCCGUUGGGCCUCUCGGAAAGGUGUAUCCUACACCAUCGUUCAUCAUGGAGGGUGACACGCCAACGUUCUUAUACCUAAUACAGAACGGAUUAGGGUCUCCAGAGAACCCUCACUGGGGCAGCUGGGGAGGAAGGUAUAUCCUUGGCGACGUUGGCGGUGCGGCCAAGCACUACAUGGACGCUCGCGAUACCGUCAUCGGCAAGAAUGGAUUAACAUUUGUAACGAACCAGGCCACGGUCUGGCGCUGGAGAGAUGCUUAUCAGAACGACUUUGCGGCGAGAAUGCAGUGGACUUUGAACAAGGAUCGCAAGCAGGCCAAUCACGCUCCCGUGAUCUCUGUCAACGGCCGCACUCCUGGACCGCAGCCAUUGUUCAUCGACGUCGAGGCUGGCGACGAGCUAAGUUUGGAUGCUUCGGGAACAUACGACCCAGACGGGGAUGAGCUUUUCUUCCGGUGGUUUCAGUACAAGGAACCUACGGCCGCGCAGCUAGAAAUACACUGGCCGGUGGUGCCAGAGGUUACCUUUGAGCCGAGUCACAAAAGUGCAUCUGUCAAGGUCAAGAUGCCACCGCCUGAGAUCUGCGCCGUCAAUGUCCUCACUGGGCAUGCCCUAGAUAAGGGCCAAGUGCUACAUUUGGUGUUGGAAGUAACUGAUUCUGGGACUCCUUGCAUGACGGCUUACAAGAGGGUUGUGGUGCAGAUAACGAACAAGGGGCUGAAGGGCGGGAAUAACAAGGUCUAUGAUACCAUAACCGAGGCAAUGGGUCACUCUACAGGCUAG